CUGAUCGCCACUCGUCAACUACGCGCCGCCAGUUGACAACACACAACACGCGUUUCACCUUCCCAUGAACCCAGUCGGACUCGGACCCAGGAGAAGCGACACCAGCCUGAAAUGCCCAAAUAUUGUUCGGUCCCGAACUGCAGGAAUGACUCCGGAGGCGGCGGCACCGACAGGAAAAGCUUCUACAAGUUUCCUCUCCAGGACCCGGUCCGGCUGCAGCAGUGGCUGAGGAACAUGGGCCGUGAGAACUGGACUCCCUCUCGACACCAGUACAUUUGCCAUGAACAUUUUGCACCUUCCUGCUUCAAGGUGCGAUGGGGGAUCCGUUACCUCGAGAACGACGCCGUGCCCACAGUCUUCCAGGAGGCUGAGAAAAGGAAAGCGGCCACGGAUCACAGUGAGAUGAAGCCGAAGCGGCUGAGGGUGAACAGCAGUCAAAGCACCGUCGCGUCGGAUGACAGGACCACGGCUUUUGACGCCGUAGAGAUGCAGAACAUGAUGCACACGGUUCAUCUGUACGAGAUCGCUGUCGACCCAUCGCAACACGGAGAAAUGAGCUUGGUGGAGUCCGGUGACGCUGCAGGAUAUGACUGCUCUCUCCAGACCGGCCUGGACCCGCUGGCAGCCGUGGACGGAGCUGAGACGAGAAUAAACGUCCCUUUAACUUUAUUCCAGACGGUAGAUGAUCUCGGUGACGGCGGAGGGAGCUCGGAGGAGGUGGUGGUGAUGUCUGAAUGUUCUGCUGGUGAAGGGCAGGAUGAGCUUGUGAGUGGAAUCACCGCUGCCAUUUUAACUCAGGGUCACAGGCUGGUGGUGAACGACCCCACACUUGGCUGUUCAGAUGAAGCCGUGGCCUCUGGUUUAGCUGAAGAUGUGACUUAUACCACAGAAGAGUUGUCAGAUGUCCACAGAGGCCAUGGGACCCAGGUCAUCGCCUACUUCCAGACGAUUCCAAGUGUUUUCCCCAGUGACGCAUCUCCCAGGUUCACCUUCUCCCCUGAUACGGUCCUGUCCUCCGCCCUGAGCUCCAAGCCCAUCACAUCCACCCUGCCUAUAGUGUCCAAGCACGCUACACCCUCCCCCACUGUGGUCCUCAAUGUGGAAAGACUGGACUCGGAGGGGGGCGAGGGAGACGAGGGCAAGUCCGAGGAAGAGGACACCGAGCAGCAAGAUCAACAGCUGGAGGAACACUGUUACCACAAGAACAGUCUGAGCAAGGAGCAGCUGGAGGCGAUUGUGGCCGAGCUACAGAAAAAGGUGAAGGUGCUGCAGCAGCGCCACCGUCGACACCUGGAGAAACUCUUAGGACUGGAGAACGUGGUCAGUCAGCUGAGGCAAAACAACCUGCUGAACGAGGAGCGGCUGCAGCUUCUUGAGAGGGCCUAUAUACAGACCAGUGCGGCGGCGUCACAUCCCGGUGAGACCGUGGCCAUCAUCUACGAAGAGGACGACGUUGCGUACUUGUGCACUCCACUGAACGACUCGGAGGAAAAGCUGUGACCUGAUCGUGGACGUCAGUGUGCACCGUGCCAAAACAUAUAAUGGGGUUUACUACUGUACCGAAAACAAAACAAAAAGGCUCUAAUCUAAACAAUAUCUAUGUAUCAAAUGAGGUUUGCACAAUUAUGAAUGAUUAACACGGGACAACGUUGAAUGUGUUUUUGUUUUUUUUGUUUUUUUUAAGGGUUUUUGUCUUCUAUAGCUCCACUCUUCCUUCAACUCCAUUUUGUUCUGACUUAUUAAAGUGUAUUUCUUUUUUUGGGAUAAUGUAAAUAUCAUAAAAAGGUGACUUUUA